GACCGGAAACGAACAAUAUUUCGAUGGUGCCAGUGCCAGACAGAUGCCAGCGUCCUUCAAGGUGGUGGCGGGAACUGGUCAACCUGGCCCCUUGGUGUCCGAAGCUCCGGCUCUGCACGCCGCGAUCAAUAACCCUUUGAAGGUGAAGGUGUCCAAGACGGGCGACAUCAUUUUCUUGGAAGCAGGGAACCGUGCAUUGCGAAUGUUGGAGCGAUCCACAGGAAAGCUGAUCACCUUGUCUUCGGCAGUGGAUGCCCCCGACGGCUUGGCACUGACGCCUCAAGGCACGGCCUUCAUCGCAGAGGGCCGCAGUUCGGAGGUGCUGCAGUUCCGCCCGAGUUCGAGCAUCGAGUGGAACUGGGGCACUUGCGCGGGCACAGGUGAGAGCGCCAGCCUGCCUUUGCCGCGCCACCUCAUUCCGAACACAGCUGGCGUGUGGCCAGGACUUGGAAAAGGGCAAGUAUAUGGCCCUGCCUUGGCUGCGCAGCUGGCGAGGCCACAAGGCCUGUGCUGGGUGCCUGGCUAUGGCUUGCUGAUAUGUGACGUCCAGUGCCAUGCCAUUUUCUUGGUCCGGAGGGUGGAUCCCUGGGCAUGGCACCGCACCUUGGCAGCUUUGGAGGAAGAGCGACGUGGGCUUGCGGAGGAGUUGCGAGGAAGACAGCUCAGGAUCGAGGAAGAGCGGAGCGCACUGGGCUACGACCAGGAGCGGCUCCAGAUCCUUACCGGCCACCGUGAACCUGAAGACGAUCUCAUCGCGCUGAAUGUCGGUGGAGAGGUCUUCACAACCAGGAGAUCCACGCUGUGUGUCUUCGAUGAUUCUUACCUGUCCAACCUGUUCUCGGGACGGUGGGAGGCGAGCAUUGAGAAAGACAGUGGUGGCCGCUACUUCCUGGACUUCGACCCAGUGUGCUUCCGGCUGUUGUUGAACAUCCUGCGGACCAAGCGCUUCGAGAGCCAGCGUGCCCCUUUCCCCCUGCCGAAGGUUCCACCGGAAAAGGAAGAGCAGUUCUGGCACCUCGUCGAGUACUUUGGCCUCACGGAGGCCUUCCAGGAGGUGGAGGCUGCGGCCGCUGCGAGUGCAGCAGCCCGGCGGCCGAAAACGAACGAAGACUCGACCAGUCCUUCGCAGCCAGCGCUGGGUGCUUCUCUGAUGCAGUCUGCGGGCGCUCUGCUUCGCACUCUCCGACAGGCUGCCGGCGAGCCGCCCGGGCCUGGUGGGGCCUCGGAGGCGCACGCGCCGCCUGCAGUGGCUGGACAAGCCUUCAGCCCAGACAUGACUGCCACGGUUACCGAGACACAGGCAUUUGCCACUUUCCCGACGACUGGGCCUGAUGAAUUUGCUGCUGUAGCCGAGCCGCAGCGUGCAGCUCCGGAGGUCGCCUCCACCACCACCUUCAUCUCGGCCGCAAGCCAGGAGUCAUUGAUAGCCAUUCCGUCUGAAGACUCCUUCACGGUUGCGUUUCACUCAAUUGAGCACUGCCUGCAUGCUGGACAUGAAUCGGAGUCUGUCGGCCUUUUCCCCCCCUACCCUGAUUACAGCACUGUCUUGCAAUGCUGGCUCAAGCUGUCACAGCGACUUGCGACUUCUGAUUUCUUGCGCUUUGCAAUCAAGAUGGCCCCGAAGGCGGGAACCGCAGCGGUUGCCUGCGCUGGUCUUGCCGGGCUGGGCUUUGUCGCCUCCCCAGAUUCGGGGAACCGACGCGUGCCGGUUGCUGUGAAGGCCUCUGCGAAGGCCUCUCCCGAGGCCGGCGCCGGUGGCGCCGGCGCCUUCACGGUCGGGACGGCGGCAGCCACGGCUGGUGCCAUGGCGGUAUCCACCCGGCGCAAGGGCCGAGCCAGCAGAGUCGCCUCGCGUGCCGAAGUGGCCCCGGGCGAGAAAGUUCUUCGAAAGCUGAGUGGGGAUGCGGGCACAUACUUGAGUGCCAAGGUCCAGAAGGCCGUCGUGACUGUUCCAGCAUACUUCAACGACGCCCAACGUCAGACCACGAAGGCUAGCAACGAGACGAUUCUGGUGUUUGACCUCGGUGGAGGGACCUUUGAUGUCUCUGUGUUGGCGGUCGGUGAUGGGGUUUGUGAAGUGCUCGCCACUGACGGCGACACCCACCUGGGUGGCGACGACAAGGUCAUCGUGGACUGGCUGGCAGAAGAUUUCCAAAAGACCGAGGGAAUCGACCUCCUGAAGGACAGGCAGGCGCUGCAGCGUCUCACCGAGGCUGCGGAGAAGGCCAAGAUUGAGCUGUCGCGCGUGCAGGAGGCCAAGAUCUCCCUCCCUUUCAUCACCGCCGAUGCCACGGGUCCCAAGCACAUCGAGCAGAGUUUGUCUCGUGCCAAGUUCGAGCAGCGCGCCAGCAAGCUCAUCGCCCGAUGCAGAACUCCAGUCGAGAAUGCGCUGAAAGAUUCCAAGCUGAGCGCCAGUGACAUUAACGAGAUCGUGCUCGUGGGCGGCUCCACCCGAAUUCCUUCCAUCCAGGCCCUUGCAUCGGAGCUCGUCGGAGGCAAGAAGCACAACCAAAGCGUGAACCCGGAUGAGGUGGUGGCUGUGGGUGCGGCUGUGCAAGCUGGUGUCCUGGCAGGUGAUAUGAAGGAUAGUGUCCUGCUGGAUGUAACGCCCCUGUCCUUGGCUGUCGAGACUCUGGGUUGUGUGGCCACGGUCCUAAUUGCUCGGAAUACCACCAUCCCAACCAAGAAGACGGAGGUUUUUUCAACUGCCACGGACUCCCAGCCAUCCGUGGAGAUCGUGGUGCUGCAGGGUGAGCGGCAGUUCGCAACAGACAACAAGAUUCUGGGAACCUUCCGCCUCGAUGGUGUGCCGCCGGCAAAGCGAGGUGUGCCCCAGAUCGAGGUGACGUUUGACCUUGAUGCCAACAGCAUCCUCAACGUCGGUGCCAAGGACCGUGGCACAGGCAAAGAGCAGACGAUCACCAUCGCCGGAUCCUCCACGCUGGACAAGACAGAUGUCGAUAAGAUGGUGCAGGUGCCUGCAGAUCUGAAGGCCAGCGACCCCAAGCUGCAAGCACUGAAGGACAAGGCGAGGAGCGCGGAGGGAGCAGCGCAAGGUGAGUCUGGAGCCCCACCGCCCGGCGAUGCCAAGGCCAAGGACGACGUCAUCGAUGUGGAUGGCCAGUGCCGAAUGGCCGAUACAGACACAAAGACCCUGUACCGUGAAGAAAAGGAAAAAGCAGUCUUGCGCUUCUCGUUGCCUUUAGCCGGUGACUUGUCAGUUGGCACCGGAGCCUACGUGCGCCAUGGACCAGGCGUCGACGCUUUCGAGACCUCCGACAUGGCGCGAGAUCCAGAGCAGCACCGCGAACCCCUCGAGAGCUUCUCCGAUGCACCGAAGACAGACGACUACGGGGACAUGGCUUUACAUCCCGGCCCCCAAUCCAGGACUCGUGCUGGACCUCCUCCCGACUCAGAAGGACAAGCUUCAGAGGUUGGCGAAUGGGCUGAGUCGGAGCGACCUACCGACGAUCCCAUCGUUGACCCCGACCACUUCGACUUCGACGUCUACCGGCGGCGCGCCGGGGCCCGAGGACUACCACUACGACGCGAUCCUCCGCAACAUGUCCGCAACGCACCUGUUCUACCUCAGCAUCACAGAGGCAAGCUUGGGAGCCGCACCACAGAUGCAGCGAAACAGGUGAAGACGGCCCCCGAAGCAGAUGAACCAGAGCACCCGGCGUACUUGGAGGCAGCAGCUUUGAAAGGCGCCUCCCCGGCUCCUUCGUGGAACAGCAGGAUGGGGCCGGAGCGCCAGGUCAAGUGGCGCGGGGGCACGCCACCCACUCCACCUGUGUGGCGUUACGAUCGUGAUGAUCUACGCGCUUUUGCCAAAUGGACCAGGAAGGUGAGGAUUUGGGAAGUACAAAUCGCGCCGUACAUGCCCAAGAAGGAGGCCAGCCUCCUCCUCUACAAUUCCUUGACCGGAGAAUUGGAAGCAGAAUUAGAACACGCUCCGCUGGAGCGGAUCAACUCCAGCGAGGGGAUAGAGUUCAUUAUCUCUUCGCUUCAAGCGCCAAUGGAACAAAAGGCCAUAUUUCAGAAAAGGCGCUACCUGGCCGAUUUCGAACAAAUCGGCCGCUACGCCAAUGAGUCGAUGCGCUCCUACGUCAACCGUUACAAGCGAGCUGAACGCAACUUGGGUGCAGUUGGUAUGGAGGUUUCUGCUAUGUACGAUUCCGAUGCCAGGGGAAACAGGUUGCUCGAGCGUGCCAAGCUUGGCACGAACGACCAGCGGCUUAUACUGGUCGGGUCGCGGUACUCUUUGGCCUUCGAGGAUGUCUCCGAGUCGAUGUGCAUGCAAUUUCCCGACUUCAGACCACCUCCUUCGACUGUCGGCCGUGAUGGGCAGCCAGUCGUUCCCAAGGGGACCGGCAAGCACAGCGGGUCGGGCUACAAAGGCGGUUCUUCGUCGACUUCUUCUUCGGCGAGUUCACCGGGCAAGGGCGCAAAGGACUCGGGCAAAGGCUCCUUUAAGAAGGUCUGGGUCGUCGACCAGACGCAGUUCCAGGACAUCCCCGAGGAGCAGGCCUUUGUUGAUGACGACCAGGCCGACGAUGCCAAGGAGGACGACCUCACCAUCGACCACGACCAGGAGGAGGCCGGCGACCAGGAGCAGGACGAGAACGAGGCCGACGACGAUUUAGCGGAUUUGGCUCAGGUUCUGACCGCGACCACGACAUGCAUGGCGUGCGGCGAGGUCGGACACUGGAAGGGCGAUGACGCAUGCAAGGUGUCGUCGAAAAAGGCCCUGGCCGAGAAGGCUGCGAACGACAAGGGUUCGGGACGGGCCAAGGGCAAAGGCAAAUCGGACGAAAAGCCCAACGACACCUUCCUCGUCGACUACGGUUCCCUCGACCUCUACGAUGGCGACCAGGCCUAUGGAAGUUUGUUCACGGUGCACAUGGCUGCGUUUCAGGUUCAGACCGUUAGCAAUGCACAGGACCUCUCGGGACACAUGAUCCUAGAUACCGCGUGCCAAAGGACGUGCUGCGGACUCACCUGGCUUGAGCAUCAUGUACAGAGCUUGGACGCUUUUGGCCUCAAGGUGCACCGACACAAGACCACCGACGACAGCUUUCAGUUCGGAAAAGGCAGCCCAGUUCAUGCCGAGUAUCGUGCAUACAUCCCAGUUAACAUCGGUGACGAAUACAUGAUAGUCGGAGCGGGCGCGGUGGAGGCCAACAUCCCGUUUUUAGCCUCCAAUGUACUCCUCGAUAAGACACUAGGUGGUCGCAGCUUCAGCGGACAGUUGAUUGGAACAAUCCACCUCCGGAAGCCAUCUUUACGCCCAAGAGUUGGACGAAAAGUGCACUCCCGGAUGCUUCGAGCACCUCCGCCAUGGAUGCAGGCAUGGCGCCGGAUGGUAGCGGCACUUCGCGGCUACCGGAUCCGGCUCUGGGCCGGCCUUUCAACGGCGACUCGUCUCGGGCUGCUUCCAGCCGACGGCUACGGCACCCCUCUCGAGGACAAGGAGGACAAGGAGAUCCAGAAAGAGCGGUGCAAGCACGACCCCAAGGACAUGCGCCGCUACGGCAAAAUGCACGGAAGCUUCAGCAAGUGCAGCAAGUGCGGUCUCAGAUCCUCCUUCCUCUCGCUCCUCUGUGCCGCCGCCGUCUUCCAGCAACAUGGUCUUGCCCCACCAGGAGCCCCGACGUUCUCUCCAGAGCAAGGCCAAGCCCAAACCCUCGACACGUACUACCAGGAGGUCCUUGGCGACUUCAUCGGCGGCUCCCUCGACUACCAGGAGGCGGGCCACGGAUGUCGAGGAGGAUCCUUGGAUGCUCCUGCAGGACGAGCCCGCGGACAACCAGGAGAACACGGACCUGGACGGCGAGUUCGAUUGGGCAGCCGUCGACGGGUGACUGGAACAAUGGACAAAGCAGUGGCAAGCUACGAGAUCGAGCGCAACAUUUACGACGCAAUGGACCAUGCCGGACAACGACCGCCUCCUGCCGUGGACCUCUUGGAGCUCUUCGCCGGCACGGCCAAGCCUACCAAGUUCGCGGCCGAACUUCAACUACGAGCUCUUCAGCCUCUUGACCGCGACACCGGCACCGACCUUUCGGACCCCAAGACGCAGCAGGAGGUAUAUAGAGCAGUUAAGAAAACGAAGCCAUGGUUGAUUGUCGCAGGCUACCCCUCUACGUUGUACAGCCUCGCCAACGAGAACUUCAACUAUCGCGGACAACCUGAGCAACUACGGCAGCUUCGUGACGAUGACCGCCGCGUGCGCAGGUUUGUCGCUGAUCUUCUUCAAGAACAACACCGUCAAGGGCGCUUCUUCCUCUUCGAAAAUCCACAGACGAGCCGUCUCUGGCAACAACCGGAAAUCCUGGAGAUCGUGGACCUUCCGGGCGUAUCCUCGGCAGUGUGCCACUUGGGUGCUUUCGGUGCCGAAACCAAGGGGGGACUUCCAGUAUGCAAGCCUCUCCGCUUCCUCAGCAACCUGCCCGAGAUGAUCACGGACCUCGCCCAAAAGCUCUCGAAUACGGACCUUCUCUUUUGCGAGCCCGUUCGAGGCCAAGCAGCAGCAGACUCCCACGAGUAUCCCGACGUCCUCGGCUACAACAUUGCGGAAUGGAAGCCCGUUUUCGAGAACAUCAAGAACAUGUUCGGCGACAGUGGUGCGAGACGCCCCUUCCUCAUUGACGUGGACGGUGACCUCGGGAAGCAAUUGGCCUCCCUGUUCCGAAUGAAGAUCACCAGGAUCCAGGCGACUUACAUGCCGAUGCAGCGCAGGAUCCCCAUGGAUAUUCCACUUACGGCUCGUGGUGCCGCCCUCCUCUACAACGACGGCACCCACAGCAUAGAAGUAGAGGCGCUCGAGAACGUCCGGUUCCCGAAGCAACGCUUCGACAGGCCAGUGCUGAUUGGCAUAUUCGUGUACGGCGACCUCUUGCAGGAAUCAGAGCCUGCUGGCGGCCAGUUGGAGACGCUGCCUAUGUCGGCGCUUCCCACGGACAUCCGCUUCGAAGGCUUGUCUCCCGGAACACCAAUGGAAGUGAGGAGGACCGUGGCACGCCUGCACCUCAACAUGGGACACCCUUCGGCUCAGGAGCUCACGAGGUUGGCAUGCUAUCACGGCACUCCUUCGGCUCAGCUGGAGGCUAUACGCAAGCUAAGGUGUUCUACGUGCGAGCGCCUCAAACUACCACAAGCUCCCAGACCGGCCACAACACCAUCGAUGCAGCCACGACAAUUCUGUGAUGAGCUCCAGAGCGACGUUGUGUUUGUCAGGACGAUGACCGGCACAUCGGUGGCUAUCUUGGGCAUCGUGGAUGUGGCCACCAACUUCCACCAAGCUACCUGCCUGGCGGAUCGGCUGGGUGAGACAACCUUCACCGCUAUCGAGCGGGUUUGGCUUCGGCCUUAUGGGCUGCCGGUGCGCUUUCGGUGUGAUCCAGACACAAGAUUUCAGGGCUACUGCAAAGACCGACUGGAAGCACUCGGCGUUGAGGUGGAGUUUUGUCCACCCGAGGCCCAUUGGACCAUAGCCGUCAUAGAGAGACGGAACGCAGUGCUCAGGACGAUCCUUGAGCGCAUGAUUGACAGCAACGCUGCUACCACCCUAGACGAAGUCGAGGACAUUUUGUCUGCAACUCUUCAUGCUCUGAACAGCUCGGCAAUGACGAAAGGACGCUCGGCAUAUCAGGCAGUGUUUGGACGGCUUCCUCGCCUACCUGGAGGAAACCUGCUCAGCGAGCCAACUUCUUUGGCCUCCUCCCCUGGCGAUAUGGCAUAUCGCGCGGAACUCAUGCGCGCAGAAGCACUGUGUCACCUGUCCGAGUUUGCUGUGGAGCGUGGAAUCAGACGAGCCAUAUUGCGCAAGACCAAGGCCACCGCCAUCUCGGAUAUAAGUCCAGGACAGCCUUGCGCUUAUUGGCGCUGGCGACGCAAAGGUGUCCACAAAAAGGGAGGUUGGUCCAUGGUGUCGGCAGAGCAGCUUCGACCGGCAGUUGGGUUCGAGAACUGGGUCCCCUCUCAGGAAGACAUUGCCAUGCUCAAGGACGGCUCACAAUCCCUGAAGGACACUGUUUGGGAUGACCAGACCGGGCCUGGACCCAAGGAGGACUAUAUCAUGGACGAGUUCGACAUCGAAGCUCCGGCGCUGGAGCAGGAGCAGAUCUCGAACACCUGGGACUCCCAGGAGAGCGAGGUCAACUUCGCGAGCACGGCUGCCAAAGAACGAAGACACGGCCGCAAUUGGUCAUGUACCACAACAGCCGACUACGUCACCAGCUUCGCUGUCUGCACCGUUGCCUACGACUCCGAUUACAAGCCAGUCGUCGAGUUCACAGGCGACACCGAUGCCGCAGUUACCAGCCAAAAGGCCUUUCGACGCGAUGGCGUUUCUAUGACUGCUACCUCUCAAGCGACUACAGGGCCAACGACCUUCCCGGUGGAGUCUGACGGUGAUGGCGUCAAUGUCAACAAGAGCGGUCACCCAAGGCAGCUCACCCGGAUGGAACUCAAGCAGCUUGAUCGUGAAAUUCCUUGGGGGCAACUGCUCAAGCUUCCCAAGGAACAGCUCGAACUCUAUGUGGAGUCAGCCGUCAAGGAAGCCAAGUCUUGGUUUCAAUGGGAAUCUGUCGAGCCCCUCACGGCCGAGCAGGUCAAGGAAGUCAUGGCGUCUCCCAAGCUUCGCAAAAGGAUACUACGGUCGAGGGCGGUGUUUCGUGACAAGGCAAGGGGCCAAGGCAUCAACGCGGAGAUCGAGAACACUGGCAAAGCCUGGACAUCUUGGUUGGCGGAUGCGUCCACAGCCUUUCUCCAGGGACGUCAGCCUGAUGGAGAACGACCGCUACCAUUGUUCAUGAGGCCGCCCGCUGACGAGAUUUCCGCGAUGACUGGUCAAUGGACAUCCGACCUCUACCGCAUCAAGAGCAACGUGUACGGCCUCAGCAACGCCCCUAGGCUCUGGUGUGCUGAAGUCACGAAGAGACUGCUCCAGUUGAACUACGAACAGCACUCCUUCGACCGCAUGCUCUUUCUCAAGCGCGACCAGAACGGAGAGAUUAUCUCCCUUAUCAAGGCCCUUAUCAUGGUGUACGUCGAUGACUUCUUAGGCACCUACAGAAGUGACUACAACAUCGACGAGGUCAAGUCCGCUUUCACCUGGGGUUCCUACAGCACCAUGGAGCCCGGGAACACUUACACCUUCAAGGGCAAACAGGUCCGCUUUCGAGAGCGAGUACCCGGACGCUUCGUGCUCGACAUCAACCAGAAGGAGUUCAUUGACGGCAUGCACAGCGGGAAACUUCGCAAAGGUCGCCUGGCUUCAGACGACCUCCUUACGACGGAAGAGAAGGCAGAGUUUAGAAGCGUGGCCGGGUCACUUCAGUGGCUCUGUGGGCAGAGCAGACCAGAACUCUCCCCUGCCGUCAGCUUGUCCAACAAAGGACUCGAAACAAGGACCUCCGACCUGAAGAACCUCUUCGACGCCGUGGACUACGCCAAGGAGACGAGCACCAACGGCAUCUCCCCGGGGCCCA